GCCUCGCCAUGGCCAAGGGCUUCUACAUUUCCAAGUCGCUGGGCAUCCUGGGUAUCCUCCUGGGCGUGGCCGCCCUGUGCACCAUCGUGGCCCUGUCCGUGGUGUACGCCCAGGAGAAGAACAAGAACACAUCUCAGAGCCCCAGCAUGGCCCCCUCAAACCCCACUGCCACCUCCUCCCCGGCCACCACCCUGGACCAGAACCUGCCAUGGAACCGGUACCGCCUGCCCAAGACGCUCAUCCCUGACUCCUACAACGUGGUCCUGAGGCCCUACUUGAGUCCCAACAGCCAAGGCCUCUACAUCUUCACCGGCUCGAGCACCGUGCGGUUCACCUGCCAGGAGGCCACCAAUGUCAUCAUCAUUCACAGCAAGAAACUCAACUACACCAUCACACAGGGGCACCCGGUGGUGCUGCGGGGCGUGGGGGGCUCCCAGCCCCCUGCCAUCGCCAGCACAGAGCUCGUGGAGCUCACCGAGUACCUGGUGGUGCACCUCCAGGGCCAGCUGGUGGCGGGCAGCCAGUACGAGAUGGACACCCAGUUCCAAGGCGAGCUGGCCGACGACUUGGCGGGCUUCUACCGCAGCGAGUACAUGGAAGGCAACGUCAGAAAGGUGGUGGCCACGACACAGAUGCAGGCUGCAGAUGCCCGGAAAUCUUUCCCGUGCUUUGAUGAGCCGGCGAUGAAGGCCACGUUCAACAUCACGCUCAUCCACCCCAGGGACUACACGGCCCUGUCCAACAUGCUUCCCAGAAGCAGCACUGCACUCCCAGAAGACCCCAACUGGACCGUCACGGAGUUCCACACCACCCCCAAGAUGUCCACGUACCUGCUGGCCUACAUCGUCAGUGAGUUCACGAACAUAGAAGCUCAGUCACCCAAUAACGUCCAGAUCCGGAUCUGGGCUCGGCCCAGUGCCAUCAGCGAAGGCCACGGCCAGUACGCCCUGAAUGUCACGGGCCCCAUCCUAAACUUCUUUGCCAACCAUUAUAACACUCCCUACCCGCUCGAAAAAUCUGACCAGAUCGGCCUGCCCGACUUCAACGCCGGGGCCAUGGAGAACUGGGGCCUGGUGACCUACCGGGAGAGCGCCCUGCUUUUCGACCCCCUGGUGUCCUCCAUCAGUAACAAGGAGCGGGUGGUCACCGUGGUUGCCCACGAGCUGGCCCACCAGUGGUUUGGGAACCUGGUGACCGUGGACUGGUGGAAUGACCUGUGGCUGAACGAAGGCUUCGCCUCCUACGUGGAGUACCUGGGUGCUGACUACGCAGAGCCCACCUGGAAUCUGAAAGACCUCAUAGUGCUGAACGAACUGCACUCGGUGAUGGCCGUGGACGCCCUGGCCUCCUCCCACCCUCUGUCCUCCCCCGCCGACGAGGUCAACACACCCGCCCAGAUCAGCGAGCUCUUCGACUCCAUCACCUACAGCAAGGGCGCCUCUGUCCUUAGGAUGCUGUCCAGCUUCCUGACCGAGGACCUGUUCAAGGAGGGCCUGGCGUCCUACCUGCACACUUUUGCGUACCAGAACACCAUCUACCUGGACCUGUGGGAGCACCUGCAGCAGGCUGUGAACAGCCAGUCGGCGAUCCAGCUGCCCGCCUCUGUGCGCGACAUCAUGGACCGCUGGAUCCUGCAGAUGGGCUUCCCGGUCGUCACCGUGAACACAACCAACGGGGUCAUCUCCCAGCAUCACUUCCUCUUGGACCCCACGUCCAAUGUCACUCGCCCGUCAGACUUCAACUAUCUGUGGAUUGUUCCUGUCUCGUCCAUGCGGAACGGCAUGCAGCAGCAGGAAUUCUGGCUGGAAGGCGUCGAGCAAACCCAGAACUCCCUGUUUAGAGUGGAAGGCGACAACAACUGGAUCCUUGCGAACCUCAACGUGACGGGGUAUUACCAGGUGAACUACGAUGAAGGCAACUGGAAGAAGCUUCAGACGCAGCUGCAGACCAACCCCUCGGUCAUCCCUGUCAUCAACCGGGCGCAGAUAAUCCACGACGCCUUCAACCUGGCCAGUGCCCAAAAAGUCCCCGUCACACUGGCGCUAGAUAACACCCUCUUCCUGAUCCGAGAGACCGAGUACAUGCCCUGGCAGGCGGCCCUGAGCAGCCUGAACUACUUCAAGCUCAUGUUCGACCGCUCCGAGGUCUACGGCCCCAUGAAG